AUGAAGUCAUCAUUCAAAAGUGAGUACCCAUUUGAGAAGAGGAAAGCGGAAUCUGAGAGGAUAAGUGAGAAGUUCCAAAAUAGGAUUCCUGUUAUUUGUGAGAAAGCUGAGAAGUCUGAUAUACCGGAAGUAGACAAGCGGAAAUAUUUAGUGCCAGCCGAUCUUACAGUUGGCCAGUUUGUAUAUGUUAUCAGGAAGAGAAUAAUGCUUCCACCGGAAAAGGCCAUCUUCAUUUUUGUUAAUGACACUUUGCCACCAACUGCAUCGCUUAUGUCACAAGUGUAUCAAGAACACAAGGACAAAGAUGGUUUUCUAUAUGUGACAUAUUCAGGUGAGAACACUUUCGGAUAUCAGUAA